AUGACCAUCAACCGCUCUACGAGCUUUCAAAAAUGUUCGGAGUCUUCCGGCUACGAGAAAGCACUGGAUGAUAUUGUGAAUGUGAACUCACUGUUCUCGGUAGCUGUCUUCAUAGGAUUCUCUUUCACGGCGCCAGGCCAAAGGAGUCUGGAUGGCCGAGAGGAGUGCAAUGCCGACAUUGACCUGCUGAGGAUGCUAGUUUUGUUUGAAGUUGCAGCAUUCAGUCUCUUCCUGUAUUCCAGCCUAAUGGCCAAGGCGUUGAAGAUGGAAUUCGUACUCGAAAAGGCAAUGUACAAGAUGGGUUAUCUCAAGCCCUAUGCACGAGCCAUGCUGAUCUCUUCCACUUGGGCGUCUUUAGCUGGAUUUUUGCUAAUUUGGUAUCGUCUUCAUCGUUUGUUACUUGGCAGAUUUGGAAGGGCCAUACACAUGAUCUUCUCUGUUGGUUAG